UCUCGAAUAAAUUCUUAUACGAUUAACUCGUUUUUAGUUAACUCUUUAAAGAAUCUCUAGUUCAUUUUUCCUCCAUAACGUUCGGUUAAUUUUAAUUGUCUCUGGCGAAUCCGUGAAUCCACACAGUUUAUUCGCAAUACGCGAAUCUAUAUCUCUAUACAAACUAAUGAACAAGAUGACCCCUGAGAUGACCAUUGAUCCAGCCAAGUCAAUCCCUGCGUUUUACACUGGACAAAGUAUAUUUUUGACAGGUGCGACAGGAUUUCUGGGUAAAGUGCUUAUCGAAAAGGUAUUGCGAUCUUGCCCUGAUGUUCGUGAAAUAUUUCUGUUGAUGCGGCCGAAAAAAGGAUUAUCUAUUAAUGAAAGACUUGAAAAAAUAUUAAAGUUGCCGUUAUUUGAAAAAUUGAAUGAAGAGCAACCUUCAAAUUUUAAGAAAUUAGUUCCAAUUUCUGGCGAUGGCAGUGAGAAGGAAUUAGGUAUAUCGGCUGCAGACAGACAAAUGCUGAUUGAAAGAACAACUAUAAUAAUACACAUAGCGGGAGAUGUAAAAUUUAAUAAUACUUUAAAAUAUGCCAUACUUACCAAUACUAGAUCAACGAGAGACAUUUGCAUUUUAGCGCAAAGUAUGAAGAAUUUAAUAGCAUUAGUGCAUGUUAGUACAGCAUUCGCACCUGUGAAUGAAUCAUUCAUAGAUGAAAAAGUUUAUCCACCAGUAGCUGAUUGGCGGAAAAUGAUUGAAAUGGCCGAAUUAUUGGAUGAGCAUACUUUAAACGUUUUUACGGCUAACGGAAAGUAUAAUACAAGAUUAUUCAUCUUCCUUACCUUGCGCAAUUAUAAGACCUUCCUCCGUCUUUGCAUCACUCGAAGAACCAAUCGCAGGAUGGAUAGAUAAUAUUUAUGGUCCAGUGGGAAUGUUCGUUGCUGGCGUAAAAGGAAUAAUACGAGUAAGCUAUAUGAAUAAAGCCGUUAAUGAAAAUUUGG